GUUAUUGUUCAGUCGCGCGAGAAUCACGGUGAGGUGUAGACGUAUAGAAGGUUACACGAGUGAUACCUGCGACUACCGAGCUGACCUGUACAUAAGGCGUAGGGAGGCACAUGAUGAGUGUUUGGUGAGGAGAAAGAAAGAUGAUGGAGGUCUACUUAGCGAGUGUGCAUGUGUUGCGGGCGUACUACGUGGGUCUGGUGGUGCUGGUGACCACGGCGGGGCUGACCUGUGGCGGCGGCAGUGGUGGCGGCAGCGGCGGCAGGAGCUGGGGCUAUGGGGGCAGGAUCCACCAGCUGACUGAGGAGGGGUGUGUAGUGGUGGACGAGCUGUGUCUGGUGCCGGAGGAGGUGCCCAACUAUGAGGCCAUCAAGAGCCUGCACUCCCAGCUGGAUGAUGACCGCAGCGGGGACAUUGACGUGUCGGAGUCUGUCGACUUCCUGAAGGAAGAGCUUCAGUAUGCUAAGGGCUACGAGAAACGACAGAAAGUCUUCCACUAUAAUGAUGAUGAGUACAUAUCAGUCCGUGAAUUGUGGUACAUAUGGAAGAAGUCUGAGGUUCACAACUGGACUGUAGACCAGACAGUGGCAUGGCUAGCAGAGUCUGUGGAGCUCAAGCAGUACGCGCAGAACUUUUAUGAGAAUGCUGUCAAUGGCUCCAGCUUGCCAAGUACAGUUCUCAGCGUGAUAACUCCCACAUCCAAAAGAAGAAAUUCAAGACUUGCUGCCAACAAUGAGCAAUUCUUGACCAAAGUUCUAGGCAUCAAAGACCCCAAGCACCGAUCCAAGAUAACUAUCAAAGCCAUGGAUGUUGUUCUCUUUGGUCCUCCCAAAGUGCAUGGAACAAGUACAGUGCAACCUCAAAGCAAUAAUCAUGACACAGGAAGCCACCUCAAGGAUCUGGUUCUGGUGUCCCUGCUUACCUUGGCCCUCAUUGGCUGCUUCAAGGCCUAUCAGCGCAACCGGGAGUAUGAAGGACAGCUCAGCGAAAUGUUGAAGGAUAUGGAAAAACUACGGGAAGCCGAGGAAAACCUGCAUCAGCUGGAGAUGUUCAUGACAACAAAUGUAAAAAACAAAGAAAGCAAAGAAAAGAACAGUGACAAAGUAGAGCAGAAUCAUGCUGAUGAGGUGCAGCAGUUGAGGCUUCAGCUCGAGGAGGAACGGGAAAAGAAUGUGAUCAUAAUGGAACAAAUGAAAAAGGGGCUUGAGGAGGCUGACAAUGAGGAACACGUAUGGAGGGCACCAAUGGACCUUCAACUUUGGCUUCAGCUGACUUAUGAGAGAGAGAGGAUUGCUUGUGUCAAGAAACAGUCAGCAGCCCGGGAGCAGUUUGACCAGGCGAGAGAAAUGUGUGAGAAGUUGAAUAAGCAGCGCCGCAGCUUGAUGGGAAUCAUGGCAUCAGUGCAUGGCAAGAUGGAUAAUGUGGACCAGGCCAUCAGUCAGGCCAGAACCACCAUGGAGGAAGUGACACGUGAGCUGAGAGAGAGAGAACAUCGCUGGGAGAACAUCGAGAUGUUGGCUGGGUGCAGCAUCACCAACAAUCCUGGUCUUCACGCUCUUGAACUGAGGCUGUGUCCACCAGUGAAUAGACCACCCCAUUCCACCUAUGGGUCAAGUAUAGUUCAUCAGUUACUGAGUAGCCAGUCAGCAUUAAUGUUUCUCACCAUGGGGGGUUGCACAGGAGCAACAAGUUACUAUGCAGGGAGCAGUUUGAGCUCCUCAACACUAGUCAGAUCCCCUGGGGAUUCGUUGGUUGAUGUCCCAGGAGGUUCUGGGGCCAUGGUGAGGAAGAGGAGUCAGCUCAUACCGCGGGACUCUGGUUCAUCUCUAGGCUCGGAGUCGUCUGUCACCCCAUCCUGUGCAAUGCACCAUAGUCACACCUAUUCAACUGGUCUGAUGCACCACACACUGGACAGGGAGAGCAUGCGGCGGGUGUCCAGUACUGGUAGCAUUGGCUGCAUCUCUCCUGGAGAUCAGGAUCAUUUGAAGGACCUCCAAGAUUCCUCAGCUGAAGAGACAGAUACAUCUGGGUAUGCUUUGGAGGGUAGCACCUUCACCAUGGGGGGAAGCAUAAGGAACAAGGGACCCAAGAAAAGUCAGCUGACACUGAACUCUGAAGGUGGGAGAGCAGUUUCUCCAUCUCAGGUGAGUCUCUCCACCUCCCCUCCACCUUCCAUGCGUCAGCCUGGCUUAAAUGAGGUCGAAAAAGAACAGAAACCCUCUACUAGGCGCAGUCCUAUGCUCAAGUCAUACAGUCAGGACACUGCUGGCUCCAGGACAGAGGCGACAUUUAAGGCACUGGCCAAUUCCUUGGAAGGGGGUGGCAAACAGGUACCAGCUAGUAGGCGGCACUCAAUCACUGGCUGCAUCACAGGCGGGAGACCACUGGGACCAUGUGUUAGGAGACAUUCAGUGUCUGGCUGCAGGCUGCUGCCUUACCACCCAAAAGUCUCCGUGCUUGAAGAGACUCCCUUUGCAAAGAAAUUUCCAACACUCUCUAAGUUCACACCACAUGGAAAAGGAAAAGAUAUCCGCGAGUGAGCCAGCAUUAGACAACCCCAAGCCACUUGCACAGCAGAAUAAGAAAGCAUCACCACCAUUGGAGGAGAGCACAUCCUCAGACUCUUCAGAUGGCCGCAAGAAGAGUACCAAGGGCAUGUUCAACAACAGAAGUUUCCUUGGGAGUUUGAAGUUGAAAAGCAAGAGACAUAAAGAUGUGGGUAAAGACUCUGUAAAAAAGAAUGCAGGUUAAAAUAUUAGAAAACUGUGACUAUAGACAUCAUGUAUUUGUGAUAAUUCCAAUAAUAUUGGUAAUGGGAAUUACUCCCAUUGUCAUAUUAUAUGCACAAGUUUAUUUAUUUUUUUCUUUAUUUGGGAAUAUUUAAAACUUAGUGACAAUCCACAAUAAGAAAAGUUCAAUUGUGUGGAUUCUGCAGCCUGCAGUCCUCAAGACUGAGGCUGAUUAGAUGGCUAAAGGUUGAGAUAGCAAAGUGGCAUGAGGUCCUCCAGUGGCCUACCAUUCUUCUCAGCUCUCUGUCACCUUCUUCCACACUAAUGGUAUUAUGUGCAUCUCCCUAACCCAUUCAUCAGGGAUCUUGAUGUGAGGUGUGUCAUGAAAAAGAGGCACAUUUAAGUACGUACUUAUAAUUGUUAUUGUUGUUGAUGUUGUACUACCCAGGAUUCCCUGACCGGAAACUGGUGUUGAUGUGCCCAUGUUUUGAGGAGGAUGAGCAUAUGUAUCUUAGCUGCAACAGAUGUUUUCACAUGGUUAGUUUUUUUCUAACCUUAUGGCUCUAACAUGUCCUUCAAGGGAUCUGUGUAGGCAGGUUUGUUGUUCAAAUGAAAUGAUAUGUGAUCAAGAGAGAGUUAAAAGAGUUUACUGGAUGCUGUUGUUGCAACUGUAAACAUUUAUGCCAAGUAUUGUAUUUUGAAAAAUCUGUGCUGUUGGCUAGGAAAGGGUGUAGACACAAAGACAUAGCUACCAUCACAGUAUGACUGAAAACAGAUCAGCAGAUGUGUUUUCAACUCUUGGAUGGAAAGCUUCCGCUCUGGUGGCGAAAAGCAAUAAGUUGUGUUGGUCAACAAGUCUUUAAUGAGAUAUUAUUUUGCAAAUCAUUUAUCAUACCUUACAUAUCUAUAUAUAAUUCAUGUGCUUAUGUUUAGGUAUGUUACUUUCACUGGGGCAUAGCAUUUAUUUUUUAAUCUAAAAAAACAUUUAAAAAUCUUCAGGCUGGAAA